AUGAAUGCACAGAACAUCGUGUCGGUUUUGAGCGAUUUAGUUGCAAAUAAUUUAACCGUUACACAGCCGUCUCCAAUUACACUACAAGAGCGACGAUCGGCCGAACACCUUGCUGAUACAGUUAAAUUAAUGGCCAGUGGACAAAGAGUCGAUUAUGUCGAAGAGACAAUUUUAGACUUCGGUGAUUUUACUGAUGAUGAAGACAGCGAAAAAGAGGAGGACCCCAUGGCUGUCGAGAAGGAGGGUGAAGAAAUGGGCGAAGACUGGGCGAACAAAGAUGCUGCUUUAGAAAAAUAUGAAUUUUCCAGAAGAGUUUAUGCGUCAAGUGGUUGA